AUGGCUACCAUCAUCCCUCCCGCUCCUUUCUCAACGAGCACCUCUUCAUUUGGCGCGUCUCAGUCCCAAUCCGCUCCCAUGUCAUACUCGGAUAACCCAUUGACUCAAUUACCCACGGUAGACUUCAACUUCGAAGACCUGCGGAAGCGCAUGGCUGAUUUCACCAUCAAAUUUGACGCUUUCAUUGAACAAGAAAGAAAGAGGGUCUUGCAAGAGAGAAAUGAAUUUCGGGCCCGGUUGGGAGAAAUUAGUGAGGAGCAAAAAUCUACCAAUACACAAAUCUCCACACUGCAGUCCACUUUGUCCACGCACGACCAAGUGCUUUCCCGAGAGCAGGCGGAGAAGAACGAAAUGCACGAGCAAAUAUCGAAACUGGAGUCGCAUCAAGCAAAUCAGACUGCCCAGCGCGACAGGUUGAAGAACUUGAUUGCCCAGACGCAACGACAGAUUGACGUGAAGUUACAGGCGCAGUGGGAGUAUGCGGCGAAAAUGGAUAGCCAGAGUCGAUUGAAUGGGCCGGAGUUGAAUUUCUGGGAAACAUACUUGGGCUGUCGCAUCGAGGGAAGCGGGGAUGAAAAUAAAGUCAGGAUCGUGUUUGUGUUUCCCCCUGUGAAAGGCGGGAAAAGUGAUGAGGAGAGAGAAGCGAUGUUCGAAUUGCAGGUGCCGGAUACCGGGAAUGGGAAAUACGAUGUGGUUUACAUGAGGCCGAAGCUGGAGGGUGCGAAGGUCGCGGCGGUCGUGGGCCGAUUAAAUUUAUCACGAGAGAUUGGGACGUUGUUGAAGGGGAUGAGAGGAUUGUUUGUCGAAAUAAUGAAAUGA